AAUGUUGGUUACAGAUUUAGAAAUCUUUAAAUCUCAAAUUUUAUCGCAUUUAUAAUUAAAACGGUAAGUGUAAUCUAUACAACAAUAAAUAAUUUUGUCCUAUAUUUUAAUGUCUCAUUGUCACCAUAUUAGACAAGGACACAGCUACCAAAAAGUAUUCUCUUUCGAGACCGUUUUUCCGGCAUCAGUCAGCUCUCCAGGUGUACGUAGUACAUAUUAACUCCAUGGAGUUUACUUAUCAGCUAGUUUAUUGGUCUCUGCUUAUUAGUUAUGACAGUUAUUAUUGUCAACCUAUAAAGCAUAAAAUUAACGAGGUACCUGUAAUACGGAAUGCAGUUUGCACUAUUAAAUUCGUAGUUAUGUAUAAAUUAUUAUGUUAUGCAUUGAUAUAAUCUUUAUGAGCAAAGUUUUAUUGAGUUUAUGUGUUUUUUGCUAAAUCGGCUUGUCAGGAUAAAAUGAAAAGAAGCGAAAUGUCUGAACAAGUUCUGGACGAGGAGACAUGGCCUCAAGAAGCCGAGGCGGCCAUCAACGACAUACGGAAACACGUGAAAUUCGCCGCAAUCUCACCGCGCCUGCGCAGCUCCAACCAGUGCGUCUUCAUCAACAUCACCACGCUCGAAGAGUCGCACUACUGCGUCGAGAUGUCCGCACUCGGCUUCAGGAUUGUGGGGAACCAGUACAAUGACAAUACUCUCACUUCUGACAUCUAUGAGACACCGUACGCGAUGCUGGACACUAUCAGCGUCAAAUUUAGGGAAUCUUUUGGUAAGGAGCUUAUAAAUAAACUAGCCGACUUAGCAAACACUCGCUCUGAGGUGGCUUAGUAGAUACCAGGGGGAAAGUGGAGUUGCGCGUUUAUAAACAUCCACACGAACAGUAAUUAAUAAAAUUUAGCUCAAGAAAAGAUUAAUUAUAAUUAUUAAAGUUAUUUUGAGAGGGAGAGAAGGAAGAGGUGAGGAGGUCGAAGCACACAAGUGUACGUGAAUAGUGCAGAAUAUUAACAAGUUUUAACAAUGUUUAUCAAGUACAUCACCUCGGUAUAAUGCGUUCUUGUAUUUGUUAUAAGACAAGAGGCGUCCCCUGUGUUGUGAGAAUCAUGUUUGCCCGCAGUCUACAUUCAAGUGGACAAACUUACCUAAUUCUCUCUUAGGUGUUCUACUCGUGGAAUAAUAAUACGAAGUACUUACUUGAUAAAUAAUAAAAAAAAAAACUGGAAAAAGAAGUAAUGAACACAAAAACCUCGAGAAGUAAUGAACACAAAAAAAUAUCGGGCACGUAAUUUUUUUGUAACGCUGGGGUCUCUAUAUUAAUCCGCUUACCGUUUUAACUACAGAAAUAAACAAAAUUUAAAAAAAGAUCUUUUAUCUACGUAGUAAUAGGAUGUAAAAUGAAUAAGUAUUGACGUAGGUAUAAUAUACGGACAGUAUUUAUAUGUGUGCUAUAAAAGUAAUGUAUGAGUAAUAAUUCUUAUGAAGUAAAUAUUAUAGUAGUUUGAAAUUAUUUUAAAUAGACGUUGUCAUUACGAAAUUAUUUCCUUAGGGCAUUAAAAUUAGCUUGUAUGUAGGAAUAUAAUAAACAAAUUGAUUGUAAAAACUAAAUGGAGUAUAUUGCAUUUUACCAUAAAAAUGUUGUUUAUAAUAUUUUAUUGUGUAUAAUAAUUAUUAGAUGAGAAUGAAAGCUCAGCAUAUAUCAGUACAAUACGAAUAUUAUUUAUUAUAUGUAUAUCAGACUGAGUACAAAAAUUAUAUUGAUUUUAUUCUA